AUGCUCAACGUGUCACGAGGCCAUCCUCACGAAGCCGGCAACGGACGAUCUGAGUUUGCUCGUCGGUAUCAUGCCAACACUGGACCGAAGUCGAAACUCGAUGCAGUCUCUAUGCUCGGUUACAUACCACUCCAUGCUGAUGCGACUUGCGUGUUAGAAGAGGUGGCUCGUCAGGAAAAAAAUGACAUGGCCUCCUGUGAUUGCUCGAACUGUCGGCCAGAAGAGGCGGAGGCCCUGUGGUUAGCUCAGCCCGCGCUGACCCGCGAUAAUUUUGACAGUGCGCUUCAAAUGGGCGAGUCCGAACUGCUCACGCUUGUUGGCGACCUACCUGACCCACCUGCACCACCGGUUUCGGAAUUGCGCAUCAUUGCCCAGGUCUGUGGUCCAGAUGACCCGAUCGAGAACUCGCCAUUGCUGGAAAAACUCGUGACACACUUGGAACGAUCUUUCAAUGCUUUCUUCUACCGCGUCUUCACCGAACCCUCUGAUCUUGGCCCGCCGGACUACUUCGGACGCGAUAUGGCUUGGAAUGUAGCCAACAAUAUUGACAUCAUCUCCAAACCCACCGACCUUGCAAUAAUUUUGGCUAGCGAGACUCUAACAGGACAAUUCGACGUGCUCUUUGUUGCGUUCUGCGAAUGGAAGAACACCUACCCAACCAUUUCUGCUUUUGAAGAAGCAGCGGAACGGCGGUUAGCAUUCAACCGGUCGAACACGUCUAACAAGAUUCCUCAAUCUUGUGAAGGUGCCGAGUUAUCAAAACUGAGGGACGACGCAAGCAAGUUGGCCAUUAAAAUCGCUCGCGAAAAGGACGAAAGCGAGGCUGCUCGUGCGAAAGCCCUUGCAAAAGCCCAGCGCGAAAAAGACAAAACUGCGGUAGCGCUGGCCAAAGAUUUUGCAAAAGCGCAGCGCGAAAAGGCUAAGGUGGAGGCAGCGCUGGCUAAAGGGCUCGCAAAAACGCAGCGCGAACAACUGAAAGCCGAGGCUGCUCUUGCUAAAGAGGUUGCAAACGCGCAGCGCGAAAAGGAAAAAGCUGAGGCUGCUCUGGCUAAAGAUCUUGCGAAAGCGCAGCGCGAAAAGGAAAAAGUCGAGGCUGCUCUGGAUAAAGCUGUUGCAAAAGCGCAGCAGCAGGCUCUUAAGAAGGCACCUGGAACAAUUUCGAAGCGUGUGGCUGAAGAGGUCUUGGAGGGUGGCCCUACGAAGCAGAAGGUGUACAUUUUCACUUUGGCAUGUACCGUUCUUCGAUACUGA